AUGGGUACUUUCUCAAAGAAGAAAAUCGUGUACUUCUAUGAGCCUGAAGUUGGAAAUUUCCACUAUGGUGCCAACCAUCCUAUGAAGCCACACAGGCUGGCUGUCACACAUAGCCUGGUACUAAAUUAUGGACUACACAAGAAGAUGGCAGUUUACAAGCCAUACAGAGCCAAUGCCCAUGACAUGUGUCGAUUUCACUCAGAGGAAUACAUUGACUUUCUCCAACGUAUCACCCCACAUUCUAUUCUGACAAAAAGUUUUAGUCAUUUCAAUGUGGGUGAUGAUUGUCCUGUGUUUGAUGGCCUGUAUAACUUUUGCUCCAUGUACACUGGUGCAUCCCUGGAUGGUGCUGUCAAGCUGAAUAAUCAACAUUGUGAUUAUGCCAUCAACUGGUCUGGAGGUCUUCACCAUGCCAAGAAGUUUGAAGCUAGUGGUUUCUGCUAUGUCAAUGACAUUGUCAUUGCCAUUCUGGAACUUCUAAAGGAAUGUGUGAAGUUUGUCAAGAAUCUCAAUGUCCCAACUUUGGUGCUUGGAGGGGGUGGUUACACAGUGAGGAAUGUAGCCAGGUGUUGGACAUAUGAGACCUCACUUGUGGUGGAUGAGCCAAUCAGCAAUGAACUUCCUUAUACUGAAUAUUUUGAGUUCUUCGCACCUGACUUUUCGCUGCAUUAUGAGGUGCCAAGCAAGCCAGACAAUGCCAACAGCAAGCAGUACUUGGAAGCCAUAGUGAGGUAUACACAAGAGAAUUUGAAGAUGUUAGCUGGUGCCCCUAGUAUUCAAAUGCAGGAUGUUCCUCCUGAUUUCAUCAGUGAAGAUGCCAACAACACAGAUGACAAAGAUCCUGAUGUGCGAGAGACCAAAGCAGAGAUUGAUGCCAGGGUUGAUGCAGAAAAUGAAUUUUAUGAUGAUGAGAAGGAUCAAGACAAAGAUGAAGAAGCUGUUCAAGAUAUGUAA